CUCUAGCCGGUCCGAGGCCUACUUAGCCAUGGGUUUCGAUUACUAUUUGGCUUUGGACAUCCCUAGGAGUGCCCAGGAUGCAGAGAUAAAGAGGGCGUACCGGAGACUAGCUCUGAAGAACCACUGGUUAAAUGCCCGAGACGAAGGUUCAGCAGAGCGCUUUAAACAGAUAGCAGAGGCCUAUGAUGUGCUGAGUGACCCUAUAAAGAGAGCCAUCUAUGACAAAUUUGGAGAGGAAGGCCUAAAGGGUGGGAUCCCCCCUGAAUUUAGCAGCCAGUUGACAUGGACAAAAGGUUAUGUCUUCCAUGGGGACGCCAACAAAGUCUUCCACGAAUUCUUCGGAGGAGACAACCCCUACAGUGAUUUUUAUGAUGCUGAAGGCAAAGAAGUGUGCUUGAACUUUGGGGGCCUUCGGGGCCGUGGGAUUAAGAAGCAGGACCCUCCCAUCGAGCGAGAUCUCUACCUGUCCUUGGAGGACUUGUUCUUUGGCUGCACCAAGAAGAUCAAGAUCUCUCGAAGGGUCAUGAACGAAGACAGAUUCUCAUCCACCAUCAAAGACAAGAUCCUGACCAUCGAUGUCCAGCCCGGCUGGAGGCAGGGAACCCGAAUCACCUUUGAGAAGGAAGGAGACCAGGGCCCCAACAUCAUUCCAGCUGACAUCAUCUUCAUCGUAAAGGAAAAGCUGCACUCCCGAUUCCGGAGGGAAGAUGACAACCUCUUCUUCGUCAGCUCCAUCCCUUUGGGCAAGGCUCUGACCUGCUGCACUGUGGAGGUGAGGACCCUGGAUGACCGGCUGCUCAACAUCCCCAUCAAUGACAUAGUACAUCCCAAGUACUUCAAGAAGGUACCCGGCGAGGGGAUGCCCCUGGCCUCGGACCCCACCAAGAAGGGAGAUCUCUUCAUCCUCUUUGACAUCCAAUUCCCCAGGCAUCUGACGCCUCCCAAGAAGCAUCUCCUGAAGCAGGCGCUGCCCAUGUGACCUCAUCCCCCACCCCUUCCCUAAAGGCCAGCUAGACCAUAUAAAGGGAGAAAAGAGGACGCGGGACACUGUUGGAGGGUCUUUAUCAUUACGCUGGGGAGGGUCUGCCUUGACCUGGAGGUGGGCAUGGGAGAGGGCGGGCAUCCCGAGGGGGGUGCACCCAAAGGGUUCUGGAGGGCACUGGGGGUGGCGACGGCUCUGGGGGGGGAGGGAGGAGAUAUUUUUUCAAGUAAUAAAGAUUUCUACUUAGAAAAGAAGCAUGGCUGCGCUUUUUGUGGUGGCAGAGAAUUGGCAAUUGAGGGGAUGCCCCUCAGUGGGGAAUGGCUGAGCAGAGUGUGGUUCUCCACGGUGACCGAAUACGAUUGUGCUAUCAGGAAUGAAGAACAGGAGAUUUCAGAAAGAGCUGCGAAGAUCUCCAUGAACUGAUGCAGAGUGAGAGAAGCAGAACCAGGAGAACUUUGUACACAGUGACAGCAAUAUUGUGGAAUGAUUAACUGUGAUAGAUUUAACUAUUAUCGGCAGUACAGUAAUACAGGACAAUUCUGAGGGACUUAAGAGGAGAGAACUGUUGGAGUCGGAAUGCAGAUGAAAGAAUAUGAUUUUUCACUUUUUUUUGGUUUAUAUUUUAGGUAUUUUGGCUUCAUAAAAUUAUUCACACAAAAAUAAACACUAUGGAAAUUAAAAAAAAAAACACCAAAUAUUCCCUAUUUUGUUACCCAGAAAAUUGUGUCUAGGCAUCACCAUAGACCCACAGGCCUCCAGGGGGUCCAGAGCCUUUAGGAUCAGGGAUAUCAGGAUAAGUGAAUUUAAAUAAAAAAAAAUCAAAGGUGAUUAAUUAUAUAAUAAUGAUGUCUAUCUGUCCAGAAUUUUACUUUUCAAAAUUCCUUUCCAUUCAUUUUAAAAAUUGGAACCUAACAACAAUCCUAGCUAGGAAGUUUUAAAAAUUAAUUUCCCCCCCAAUUACAUGUAAAAACAGUUUCCAGCAUUUUAAAAAGAAUUUUUGAGUCUGGCAUUCUCCCCACCCCAAGAUGGCAAGCAAUGUGAUACAGAUUCUUAAGAAGGGUCGUUGUUAUUCAGGUGUUUGUCAGUUAUGUCCAAUUCUUUGUGAUCCCUUUUGGGGUUUUCUUGGCAAACAUAUUGGUUUGCCAUUCUUUUCCUGCUUGUUCUACAGAUGAGGAAAUGGAGACAGACAGGGUGAAGUGAUUCCUCCAGUCAUACAGCUAGUCUCUGAGGCUGGAUUUGAACUCAGAUCUUCCUGACUCCAGGCCUGGAGCUCUAUCCAUUGUGCCAUGUAGCACAGAGUAACAAUUAUUGUUCCCAUUCUGUGGAGGAGGAAACAGGUUCAGAGCAAUAGUCAAUGGGAAUAAUGUGACUGGAGAUGAUCUUUGAGGACUAAUCUAGAUCUAAAUUCUGUGGUGCCGUUUCGUUUUUAUCUUUAAAAUGUAUACCAUCUUUCUUAGAACUGACAACAAGUAAGGGUCCUGAGGCCAGAUUUGAACCCAGGACCUCCUGCCUCUGCCCGGGUUCUAUCUGCUGAGCCCCCCCAGCCGCCCCUUCUGCAGCACUG